GAUAAGCUUUCCAUACAAGAAGAGUUCUGGACGUUCAUGAGAAGAUCUAAGGAGGAUUUGGAAAGAUUCACCACAAGAUCUUUGAAGAGAUCGGCUAUUUUUGGAAAGUCAUGUUCUUACCAGAUUCUGGAAGGCAAGAUUUCCAUUAGAAGUUCAAUUCUGAAGAUCUUCAAAUCACAUGCACGAAUUCCACAUCAAAGAAACUUACCUUACAUGAAGGAUUUC